UUCACAGUUUCCCACCUGGGUCUGUGUGCUGGUAUUAUGGUGACUGCCUCUCACAACCCCAAACAGGACAAUGGCUAUAAGGUGUACUGGGAGAACGGUGCCCAGAUUGUGUCUCCUCAUGACAAAAGAAUCUCCAAGGCCAUAGAGGAGAACCUGGAGCCUUGGCCUGAGUCCUGGAAUGCAGAGGAAGCCUUGAAGAACCCCUUGCUUAAAGACCCCUACCAGGACAUCCACACACAGUACUUCAAAGCCAUCCAGAAACACUGCCAUCACAGGUGCCCUAUACAUACACUCCCAACAUGCUGUUGAGCAGCACCUAGCUUGUAAAACACCCUGG